GCCCCGGCCACGCCCCUGACCACGCCUCGCAACCCCUAUCCCCGCGCCCACCGCUUCUGACCACGCCCUAGCCCCGCCCCUUCGCCCUUGGUCUUGCCCUAUCCCCCGCCCCGCCGGCCUUUGGCCCCGCCCCUGGCCCCGCCCCGCCGGCCUUGGCCCCGCCCCGCGGCGCCAUGGCGGUGUCGGAGGCCGCGGGCGGCUCGUCCUGGGCCGCGCCGGGUCGCGCCGGGCCGGCACCGGGAGCGGCACCGGGAGCGGCACCGGGAGCAGGCCCGGCCCCCGCAGCCGGCCCCGGACCGUGCUGGGCCGCCGUGCUGGCCUGCCUCAGCCUGGCCUGCUCCUACGUGGGCAGCCUUUACGUCUGGGGCAGCCCCCUGCCGCGGGACCACCCAUCCGUCAUCAAGCGGCGCUUCACCAGCGUCCUGGUGGUCUCGGGGCUCUCCCCGGCCUUCGUCUGGCUCUGGAAGGAGCUGACGGGCAUCAAGCCAGACACCCCGCUGCCGGCACUGCUGGGGCUGCGCCUGGAGGGGCUGGUGCCGGCCACGCUCCUGCCACUGCUGCUCACUAUGAUCCUCUUCCUGGGGCCCCUCAUCCAGCUCUCCAUGGACUGUCCCUGGCGCUGGCUCGACGGCGUCAGGGUGGCUUUCGACCCCCGUUUCUGGGCGCUGUGCUUGGGCGACGUGCGCUGGCUGCGGAACCAGGUGGUGGCCCCGCUGACGGAGGAGCUGGUUUUCCGCGCCUGCAUGCUGCCCAUGCUGGUGCCCUGCACCGGCCCCGGCCCCGCCGUCCUCGCCUGCCCCCUCUUCUUCGGUGUGGCUCAUUUCCACCACGUUAUCGAGCAGCUCCGGUUCCGGCAGGGCUCUGUCAGCAGCAUCUUCAUGUCGGCAGCUUUCCAGUUCUCCUACACGGCCGUCUUCGGUGCCUACACGGCCUUCAUCUUCCUCAGGACAGGUCACCUGGCGGGCCCGGUGCUGUGUCACUCCUUCUGCAACUCCAUGGGGUUCCCAGCGGUGGGGGCGGCACUGGAACACCCCCGGCGCCGGGCCCUGCUGCCCUGUUACCUGCUGGGGGUCCUGCUCUUCCUCCUCCUCCUGCACCCCCUCACCGAACCCACCUUCUUCGGGGGGGCCCUGGCCUGCGCCCCCCACCCGGGGGCCACUGUCGUGGUUUAGCUGAGCACCACGCGGCCGCUCGCUCGCCCCGGGUGGGAUGGGGAAGGGGACGGGAAAAGGCGAAACCUCGGGGUUUGGGAUAAGGGCGGUUUGCUGGGAUGGCGCAGGGAAGUAACGACGACGGCGUUUAACAGGACGCGCAACGCGGGUGGCGCGCAACGCAGUUUCUCACCCGACGACUCGGACCGCGCGCUCAGACCCAUCCCGAAACCGGACCGUCCCUGAGCCACGCGCCCUGGAGCCGCGUCGCCCCUCCCCGACUGACACCCCCCCCCC